AUGUCUCUUCCGGGAGCUUUCCUGUUUUCACAUUACGUCGAAAGCUUUUGGCAUCAAAAUUCGAGCCCUCCUUUAGUGGACUGGUCGGGUCUUCCUACAUUAGUCUUAUUGGUGGCCGCGGUGGUUGCAGCUACUGCAGUAGCGUUAAGAGCGGUGGAUGCUCGCCCAAGGCGCUUACCUGGGCCCCCUGCUUUACCUCUGUUAGGAACAAGAUGGCUCUUCUGGAGUAGAUAUAAGAUGAAUAAACUACAUGAAGCAUAUGCAGACAUGUUCAGGCGAUACGGGCCGGUGUUUGCGGAGACCACGCCGGGGGGAGUCGCCGUGGUGUCCAUCGCUGAGAGGGGAGCCCUGGAAGCGGUGCUGCGGACCCCGGCCAAGCGACCGUACCGUCCACCGACGGAGAUCGUCCAGGUCUACAGAAGAAGUCGCCCCGAUAGAUACGCUUCGACGGGCCUUGUUAACGAGCAAGGUGAGAAGUGGUACCACCUCCGUCGCCACCUUACGGCUGAGCUGACCAGUCCUCACACGAUGCGUAACUUCUUGCCCCAACUGAACAGCAUCAGCGACGACUUUCUGACUCUACUCCAAGCCUGUCGCGCUUCAGACGGAACGGUGUACGGUUUCGAUCAGCUCACCAACAGAAUGGGACUCGAAUCUGUGUGCGGCCUGAUGUUGGGUACAAGGUUUGGUUUCCUGGAGCGGUGCAUGUCAGGUAGAGCGGCCACACUCGCAGCGGCUGCGAAGGCACACUUCAGAGCGCAGAGGGACUCUUACUAUGGUGCACCACUAUGGAAAUUUGCCCCCACCACUUUGUACAGGACGUUUGCGUGGAGCGAGGAGACUAUCCAUGUGAUAGUAUCGGAUCUGAUGGAGGAAGCACGCUCCCGGGCUGAGGGCAGCGCGCAAGACGACGGCAUGCAGGAAAUCUUUAUGCGGAUCUUGGAAAAUCCAGCGUUGGACAUGCGUGACAAGAAAGCUGCCAUCAUAGAUUUUAUUAACGCUGGAAUUGAGACACUGGCCAACAGCCUCGUGUUCCUCCUGUACCUGCUGAGUGGACGGCCUGAUUGGCAACAGAGGAUCCGCUCUGAAGUGCCGUGUGGUGGUGAACUGCGCGCUGAGGAAAUUGCUGCCGCGCCAUCGGUACGCGCUGCCACCAUGGAGGCAUUCAGACUGCUGCCCACCGCACCGUUUCUGGCCAGAUUACUCGAAGCACCAGUGAAUGUGGCCGGUCAUAAGUUGCCUGCUGGGACGUUCGUGUUGUGUCACACGGGGGCAGCGUGCCGUCGCGAGGAUAACUUCUGGCGGGCGACGGAGUACCUGCCGGAGCGGUGGGUGAGCGUGAGGGAGCCGCACGCCGCCUCACUAGUGGCGCCCUUCGGUCGGGGCCGCAGAAUGUGCCCCGGCAAGAGAUUCGUGGAGUGCGAACUGCAUUUGUUACUCGCUAAGAUAAUGCAAAGAUGGCGAGUGGAAUACGACGGGGAACUCGACAUCCAAUUCGACUUCUUGUUGUCACCAAAAUCUCCAGUAUCGUUGCGACUAGUCGAGUGGUAA